UCAGAUUAUCUCGGUUUCUACCUGCUGGAGGAUUUCGGUACCACAUCACCACACGGCGCCAUAUUAGAUACACAUUAUAUUGCAGCGGACCAAGCCAAGGAAAGGGAACUGGACUCCAGAUGACAAGGCUUCUCAGGCCGCAGUAGUCAAUUCUCAAAACACUCGAGGUGAAUGUUUUAUGGUUGACAACGAGUAAUUGAGUCAAACAUCUCGGGCAGUGCAGUCCAAGGCGUGCUGUUUUCGUCGUUGUUUCGUAGAGUUGCCGGCAGACAUGACUUCCUUGGUUCAGCGGAGCUCGGGCCUGGUGCAGAGGCGGACCGAAGCCUCGCGCAACGCCGCCGACAAAGACCAUCCGGACGGCGAGGAGGACGAGGAGCCCCGCCGGGGAGACGAGCCGGACGAUGAUGAUACCGGAGACUCCAAAGAAACACGUCUCACCUUGAUGGAAGAAGUGCUGUUGUUAGGACUGAAGGACCGAGAGGGCUACACCUCGUUCUGGAACGACUGCAUCUCAUCAGGGCUGCGGGGGUGCAUGCUGAUCGAGCUGGCUCUGCGAGGACGUCUGCAGCUGGAGGCGUGUGGCAUGAGGAGGAAAGGUCUGCUGGCCAGGAAGGUGAUCUGUAAGUCAGACGCUCCGACGGGCGACGUGCUCCUGGACGAAGCACUCAAACACAUCAAAGACACUCAGCCCCCCGAGACCGUGCAGAGCUGGAUCGAGCUGCUGAGUGGAGAGACGUGGAACCCCCUGAAGCUUCACUAUCAGCUGCGGAACGUCCGUGAGAGGCUGGCCAAGAACUUGGUGGAGAAAGGCGUCCUCACGACUGAGAAGCAGAACUUCCUGCUGUUCGACAUGACCACACACCCUCUGACCAACAACAACAUCAAGCAGCGCCUCAUCAAGAAGGUCCAGGAGUCUGUUCUGGACAAGUGGGUGAACGACCCGAAUCGAAUGGACAAGCGGCUGCUGGCGCUCAUCUUCUUAGCCCACUCCUCUGAUGUGUUGGAGAAUGCCUUCGCCCCGCUGCUAGACGACCAGUACGACCUGGCCAUGAAGAGAGUGCGCACGCUGCUGGAGCUGGAGCCCGAGGGGGAGAGCCUGAAGGCCAACGCCAACGAGCUGCUUUGGUCCGUGGUGGCCGCCUUCACCAAAUGAGGCCCCACAGAGAGGACAGCGAGCAGUUGUGGCAUUCAAGUGGCAUUGUACUUUGGGGAAGGAAUCAGAGCCCCCAACAUGGUGACUUGACUGAAUUACAGUUUCCCCCCCCCACCUGGGCUUUUGGAAUGGGCUGCCCUCUUUCCUCAUCCCUCUUCCUCUGCUCUUUAUUUUCCUUCCAGAUGACUGUCCCUGUUGAUCCUCCAUGGCCACGUCCCCCCCCCUGUGACGUUCGUGUUCACUUUUGCUAAAAAUAAUAACUAAUGGAACUCUGGAUGAAGUGGUAGGGUCAUGAUAUGGGUGGAGGCUGAAAUCAAGAUUCAUAUCCUUUUUAAUUUUCUAUCGGGUGUAUCUUUGGAACUGUUUAUGUAAGGCACAGGCGACUCUAGGUAGCGCCCUGACCCCCCUGAGAAUAAAAUAACUAACGGAGAUGUGCAGGGCGGUGAUGCUUCACAGGAAGGAAAGGUUAGCCUGUCUUUAAAUGUAUGGAUACGAUGUGUUCGGUGUCCCAGCAUUCAUCAACUUUAAAAUUAAGGACUGGGUAGAAACCAAUGUGAGAUAUGCUCUUAAAUCCAUCCUGGAUGUUAACCUGUUGGUCCUGUGCAGGGCGCUGGAGACUGACACUGGCAGGGGGGGGGGCUACACCCUGCACAUGUCACCAAUAUAUCAUUGGGCUGACACAGACAGCCAAUCACACCUGCAGGCAGUUUUAAGUUCAUCCGACCUGCAUGUCUUUGGACUCUGGGGGGGGGGUGUUGCAGGCACUUGGUAAAGAUGGCAACAGCACUAACCCCCCCCAGCCUGAGAGCGCCCUACAUUCCAUCGCUGCUGGCCACGAGUGUGUGGAAGAUGGUCUGCCUACACAUGCAUGGAUACACACAGGCCCAGGGAUAUGGAGUGUUGACUUGUGUGACUUAUCACUUACUUACACCUCAGCCCCAUUGAAUUCUGGGAAACCAGUUUAAAAUGAAAAGCCAAAAUAUAGAGAAAUUAAUUUAACCGUGCCGAGAUAAUAGAAAUUCUAAAAUGUUGCUCACAUGUCUAAUUGACAGGGCUGAUAGAAGUGCUACGUAUGAUAAUGAAAGGCAAAUUGAAAAUGAUGUUAAUCUUUCUGUCAUAAAAAGAUCAUACUGUUUUAAAUAUCCUCUGGCCAGUAGUGUUUUUUUUAUUCACAAUUUAACGGGAAUUUUGGCGGAGGACUUGGGCUCGUAUCGAAUCUUAUCCAGAUGCACUGGCACAAUGUGUGCACGUCUAACAUUAAGUACAUUCAGGAUUCCAGGAUGUAGUAUCAUUUGAAAGCAUUCACAUCUUAGUCUGGGUUUAUCUUGAUACAAUGUGUAGUUCAUUGGAUUUGGUGGUAUCAUCCAACAUCAUUGUUAUGUCCGUUAAAUGAUUCAAACCCUCGUUGCAUCAGCACCUGUUAAGUGUCAAAUGCAAAGAUGUUAGUGGCAGAAGCACACUCUGGAAUCUGACCCAAUCAACUAAAAGUUGUCACUUAUUAGACUUCAUUUAAGAAACACCUUCAAGUCAAAUGUUUUGAGGUCACUGAAUGUGUGUUUCAGCUCUCCUCCGGCACAAGGAGAGGUUCUGGAAGUGUUUCAAACAGACUGGAUCACACAAACAUGUUCCCAUUGCUCCUUCAAACAUCAUGUGCGGGAUUCGUUCUAAUUCUCUGCAUUUAAACAUGGACACGUUGAAGUGCUGUCCCUUUUGGACGUAAGAGUCCUGUCUACUACAACAAACCUCUAGCACACGUUAUAGUACACAAUGAUCAGGUGGCUCCAGAGCUCUGCGUGGUGACAAAGUGUUUUCUUAAAUGUCAGCGAUGCUUUAAGGACAGUCUUUGCAGCUACUUGUGAAUGCUCUCAAAUGCAAUCCAUUGUAUGAACUAAACUUGGAUGAUCUAACAUCAGAAGAAUCACAUGAUGGGCUCACAUUCCAGAUGGUGAUGUAUAUACUUGAGUGUGUCUGAUGGCUCAGCUGCACUGUCUUUCAAACGGUUACAUAGUGCUCUAAAACAUUCAUCAAAGCCUUUCACCAUGAACCAUACCUUGCUCUUAGUUUAUCUUUGCCUCAAUGUUUUUAUUUGUUUCAUUAUUCAGUUUGAACAAGUGUUGCUACUCAGACAUUGCUUUAUUACGAUGGCCUCCCUCUGGUAUAGUAUGUCCUAUGUAGCUGUGAGUGGUGGUGGAGAAGAGAAGUGGUGACCAAGAGAUGUAUGCACCGGAAAUCACCUCAAAAUGCGACGUGAAUUUGAGAUUAUAUAUGUUCUCUAAAUAAAGGGACCUCUAGUCUGUGUACUACUUUCUUUGACACUAAAAAUAAAGCAAGAGCUUGGAAGUGCCUAAACAUA